UGUUACAAGUAAUAAGCAAGUGCUCUACUUCCCAACUCGUAUUUUAAAAGAAUGCUUUGGACCAUCGUUUUCAUUUGCUUAAUAUAUUCUCAUAUUGGACGUAACGAACAAGAAACGCAUAAUGUCAAACUUAGAAUUAUCGGAGGAUAUAAUAUUAACAUCAAAUCGCGUCCAUUUAUGGUAUCUCUUCAUGACGAAUUAAAUGAUUUUCAAUGCGGAGCAAAUAUAUUGUCAAAAAGAUGGGUCAUUACUGCGCUUCAUUGUUUCAAUUCCAUAGAUAAAAACGAUUACUACGUUCGUGCUGGGUCAAAUUAUACCGAUCACGGUGGUACAUUACACAGAGUUAAAAAAAUUUAUGUUUAUAACGAAACGAUUUAUCCAUAUUGGUCUACGAAAAUAUACUAUCAUGAUAUCGUCCUUUUCAAAGUGACACCGUCCUUUCGAUUCUCUUCGACGAUUCUACCGAUUGGUUUACCGAACAACAAUAAAAUACCACGGAGACUUUACGUUUCUGGCUGGGGACAUACUUCUUUGAACAGUAACUCUCAUCGUACUCUGAUGACUGUGAACAUUCCUUACGUUCCAUUUAAAGCCUGUGUCAACUCUGUACCAUUGUAUAAAUUACUCGUUAGAAGGGAUCGUCAUCUCUGUUACGGUAGACGCGGCAAGGAUUCAUGCUACGGAGAUUCCGGCGGUCCAUUGGCUGAUGCUUGCACAAUUUAUGGCAUCGUAUCCUUCGGCCAUAAUUGCGGCGAGGUUUCUGGAGUUUACGCAAAAAUCUCUUACUAUCGUGAAUGGAUCAAGAUUAUUACAAAAUUAUAAGUCAAAGUGAAAGUAGAUAGGACAAGUCGAAUCACGGAGCGUGGACCCCAGCGCGUUCAGGUCCGAUGGACACAGGAAGUCCAUUACACGCGUGCCGCGCAACAGCGUGUCAUGCACACACGCGCGUGAACGUGUCUCUUUAUCUUCAUGCAGGGUCGAAAAAAAAAUAGUACAUUUAUUUUAUGAAAAGAAACAAUCAUUUUCAUUUCCU